UUUCGUUCUACCAGUGUUGCCAAGUUCCCCUAUUUUUCCAGAAGCGAUACACACCGAGGAUGUCUGUAUUUUUCUUCCAUCGCGUCCAAAAACUCUUACUUAAGGGAGGGCUGUAAACCAGUGUUAAAGGAUUGACCAUGAAAAUACAUCUUCAUCUCCUUCGGUCGAACAGGUCUCUCUUCAACCCGUCAACGGUGAUCAGCCUGCUUCCGCACACGUACACUCUCUAUUCACAGGAUUGCCUUCAUUCCUCAGCUUCGCUUUCCAACAAUAGCUGCGAAUUUCAUCCCAAGGACGUGGUGUUAUCGUUUAAAGAAUGGUUCCUGAGCAGGGAGAGAACGAAUUUCGACCGAAUCUUCGAAAUCAUACGAACCAAUGACGACGCAUCAGCAGAUUCAGCUCUGUCCCGCUUCAAUCUCCGUCUUUCCGAAACAUUAGUUCUCGAUAUUUUGUACCAUGAGAAGGGUAAAGAUGUGCUAUCCUGCUUGAAGUUCUUUGAUUGGGCGGGUCGCCAACCCGGUUUCUACCAUACCCAGUCCACAUUCUCCGCCAUUUUUAAGAUUCUCUCGAAAGCAAAGCUCAACACCUUGAUGCUUGAGUUCUUGGAGAAGCACGCCAAGCAUAGAUACAUCAACAGGUUAAGGUUCCACAACACUCUGGUGAUUGGGUACUCCAUUGCUGGGAAACCCGACUUUGCACUCCAACUGUUCGGGAAAAUGCGGUUUAAUGGCACAGAUUUAGACUACUUUGCUUAUCACGUCCUUCUCAACGCGUUAGUGGAGGAUGGGUUCUAUGAUGCUCUGGAGACGAUUUUCAAGGAGAUUAAGAUCCAUGGAUUCCAGAACGCUAUCACACAUUCAAUAUUUGUUAAGAGCCUUUGCAAGAGAUGUGAGCUGGAUAAGGCUGAAGCUUAUAUUCGGGGUCUGUUAGAAGAUGGAGGUGCUGGGUUGAGUGAUAUUGUAGUGGCGACGGUAGUGGAUGCUCUUUCCAAGGGAGGACAUUUUGAUAGGGCUGGCUUGCUAGUGGAAGAGUUUCGCAAGUCUGGUUUGGUCUCUAUGGAUCAUGCCCAUAGUGCGUGGAUUAACAACCUGGUUAAGGCCGGUAAGCUGAACGGGGCUUUAGAGAUUUUGCAAAAAAGAAAUAUGGUAGACGGGCCUGUUCCUCUUUAUUUCAGAUACAACACUCUAUUAUGUAAGCUUUUAAGGGAGAACAGACUUGAAGAGGUUUAUGAUUGGUUAAUGGAGAUGAAAGAGCAAGGUAUAUCUCCAGACACAGUCACCAUGAACAUCACUUUAUGCUUCUUGUGCAAAGUGGGAAUGGUUGAUGUGGCUCUUGAGCUGUAUGAUUCAAGAGCAGACUUUCAGCUCUCUGUCAACAGUAUGGCUUAUAACUAUCUCAUAAACACGCUAAUGAGUGAUUCAAGUAAUGAUGAUGCCUCGCGUGUGCUGAGGAAUGGAAUUGAACAUGGCUACUUUCCGGGAAGAAGAACAUUGUCAAUCAUUGCAAAUUCACUUUGCAAAGAGGGGAAGCUUGACAGGGUGAAUGAGUUGAUUCUUUCUUCCCUUGACCACAACCACAUCCCCAGUGAUUCAAUGUAUAACCGAUUCAUAUCAGCUCUUUGUAAAUCAGACAGAGUUCAAGAUGGUUUUUUGCUACACGAACAACUCAGCCGGUGUAAUAGGGUUACAAGCAGGAAUACUUACUUUGACUUGAUAAGUGGAUUUGUGAAAACAAGUAGGGCAGAUAUUGCGGCAAGAUUACUAAUAGAAAUGCAAGAAAACGGCCAUAGACCUACACGGCAAUUAUUCAGAGGCAUUAUUGUCUGUUUAUGUCAACUUAACAAUCCAGAACAGCACUUUUUCAGUUUUAUGGAAAUGCAGCUGUCCCGAUUUGAACCCAGUGUUGCCAAUUACAAUUUCUUCAUUGAUGGGGCAGGACAUGCUGGGAAACAUGAGCUUGCAAGAGAGGUAUAUGAAAUGAUGAGUAGAACUGGUACUUAUCCAACUUUGAACUCUCACAUACUCCUCUUGCAUAGUUAUUUGAAAAACGGGAGGAUUUCAGAAGCUUUAAACUUCUUUUAUGAUUUAACAAAGGGGCGAGGGAUAUCAUCUCGGAAGGUCUGGCAUGUCAUGAUUGUUGGCCUCUGUAAGAUGGACAAGCCACAACAUGCAUGGGAUGUAUUCUGGAAGAUGAGGGGUGAAGGGAGGAAGCCAACUAUGGAAUCUUAUGAGGAACUCAUGAGUUUGCUUUGUUCACACAGGGAAUAUUAUUUGGCUCUAACUGUCGUUGAUGACUUAAUUGAAUGUGGUCGGAAGGUCUCCUCGUUUAUUGGCAAUGUGCUUUUGUUACAUUGUUUACGGACUCAAAAGCUUUAUGAUGUUUGGUUGAAUUCAAGGAAUGAUCAAAAUGCGACACUUAUGAGCUUGAAAUUAGGUCAGCUGUUAGAGGUAUUUUCGGGUUGCAGCACUUCAAGCUUGGAUAUCAACCAAAUUGAAGAAUUAAUUAGACAAUGCUUUCCUCUUGAUGUGUACACGUACAACAUGUUAUUGAGAAGAUUAAGCAUGUAUGGGGUCGAUUCAGCAUCUUGUUACUUCAAUACUUUGAGGAAAAAGGGGUAUGAGCCAAACAGGUGGAGUUAUGAUAUAAUAGUGCAUGGGUUGUCAAAAUGUGGUCGAACUUCUGAAGCUAGAAGGUGGAUUGCAGAAAUGCUUGGCAAAGGGUAUGAUUUAACAGAGGCGACUGAAGCCAUGGUCUGAUUAUGUCCAGAAGUUUCCUUAUCUGCUCAGUUUAUGGCAUUGCUCUACCUAGCGCUGCCUGUAGCUUGGUGAUUUCACUGCUUUCUGCUGAAUUUGUGGUAUUUCUCUUCCUAGCGCUGCUUGUAGCUUGAUGAUGGAUACAAGGACAAGACAAGGAAGCAGUUGCGGAAAGUUUGGGAGAAGUUUGAUGAUACCACAUGAGAGGGGGGUUUAAUUUGCGAACCCCUCGUGAUAUAUUAAUUCAACACAUUGGCCUCGUGUAAUUUGAAAAUGCAUUGGAGCUCUAUCUGUUACGAUUAAUCAUGCAUCUAAUACCUUGGAAUAACAAAUUUAAUGGUAGGGUAUUAUUGCAUGAUUAAUUGUAACCCAAGGGUGUUUGAUGCAUUUUUAAAAAAGCUCGAGAUUAAUGCACAUAAUUUAUAUAUCUAUCCCGCACUAAACCCGACCACAUAGAUCAAUCACAUUGGCAACUUUUUAUGUCUGCUUGGAAUAAAAAUAUAUAGCUAGGCAACAACAGAGCCUUGCUUGCGCAGCAGUAAAAGGAGCACUGUGAAUAAAUUUAAAAGGAGCCUUGCUUGCGCAGCAGUAGAAGGAGCACUGUGAAUAAAUUAGCGCUCACAGAAAAGUGGUUAUAGGUUUUGUCGCCCCAAUUUUUUAGUGGAGCUUUCCACAGUUUUGGUUUUCGUCUAAUCUCUGUACUAGUCAUUUAUUUUCUUCAUCAGUACUUUGUUCGUUUUAAAUCCGUUAUCAUUAAUUAUUUGGAAAUUUCUGAUGUAGAAGUGUAAUAAGAAGUAUUUUGUUCGUUUUUUGGUAAAUCUCC